AUGGCUAUGCGAGCGGCCGCGCACCGCCUGCAUUCGGUCCCAAAAUCCCGUUCAGUGUUUACCGCGCAUUCAUUCAGUACGACAGCGCGAGUAUCUAGCUUGCCUAAAAACGAGAAAGCCCGUAUUCAGAAUGAAUCCCUCCUCCCCACACCCGACCCUGGCCCUGACUCCUCCACCGCCGCCUUUCUCAAACAACGAACCCCAUACAUGGUCCCAACCUACGUCCGCCCCAUGCCCAUGUUCGUCAAGGGCCAGGGCUGCUAUCUCUGGGACAUGGAGAACCGUCGCUUCCUCGACCUGACGGCGGGCAUCGCAGUCAACUCGCUAGGCCAUUGUGACCCGGAAAUCGCCAAACUCAUCGCUGAGCAAGCCGAAACUCUCAUCCAUGCAUCAAACCUCUACCACAACCCCUGGACAGGCGCCCUCAGCAAGCUCCUCGUCGAAACAACCGUGCAAUCCGGUGCAAUGCGCGACGCAGCGCAGGUCUUCAUCGCCAACUCCGGCACCGAAGCCAACGAGGCAGCCAUCAAAUUCGCGCGCAAGGUGGGCAAAACCCUCGACUCGUCUGGCGCAAAACACGAAGUUGUGUCCUUUCACAAUUCCUUCCAUGGACGAACCAUAGGCGCGUUGUCCGCUACGCCAAACCCUAAAUAUCAAACUCCCUUUGCCCCUAUGGUCCCGGGGUUCAGGUACGGCACAUACAACGACAUUGAGCAGCUGCAAACGCUCAUCACGGACAAAACCUGCGGUGUAAUCGUAGAGCCGAUCCAGGGCGAAGGCGGCGUGAAUGUCGCAACACCAGAAUUCCUGCUCGCCCUGCGCGAGCGCUGUGAUCAGGUCGGCGCGGUACUCAUCUACGACGAGAUCCAAUGCGGUUUAUCACGCACCGGCACGUUCUGGGCCCACGCCCACCCAUCCCUCUCCCCCCCCAGUACCUCUACCAAACCCGCCGCGCACCCCGAUAUCCUCACCACCGCCAAAGCCCUCGGCAACGGCGUCCCAAUCAGCGCAACAAUCCUAACCCGCAAUGUGGCCUCCGCGAUAGCGACUGGCGACCACGGCACAACAUUCGGCGGGAACCCGCUCGUGUGCCGCGUAGCACACCACAUCGUGUCCCGGCUCGCUUCAUCUGAACUACAAAACGGCGUUGAGCUGAAAUCAUCCCUCUUCACAACCGGCUUCCACUCACUAAAAGAACAAUUCCCUGACGUAAUAUCUGAGAUUCGUGGGUUGGGCUUGAUAUUGGGCGUGCAGCUGCAUGCGAACUUUGUGCCUAAGGCGGCGGAGAUUCUGACCGCGGCGAGACAGCGUGGUCUGCUGGUUAUUACGGCUGGUGAAGGUUGUUUGAGGUUUGUGCCGCCGUUGACGAUUACGGAGGAGCAGAUUCGUACGAGUUUGGGGAUUUUGGAGGAGAGUUUUCGGGCUGUGUUGAAUAAUUAG